GGGAAUUUUAGAAGGUAGAAGCCAUGUAGCAAUGACUAAAUUUCUACAAUAAAGUUCUUUAAAGUAUCUGAUCUUUUACCAGAAAUUUCAAGCAGCAACGGAAUGGUUAUUUUUUUGCAUUAGCUUUUUCUUUUUUAGUUUGGCGGCGGGGCAAAACCGAGGUGGAGCGGACAGAUUCCAGACCAAGAUUUACAGCUUUUGCUUUUCGAUGACUGACAACACCAAUAACAGCAAGAUUCUACCUUUCCCACGUCGCGAAUUUGUUCGACUCCUUCCAGUUGGCGCAGCCUUGACGACAAUCUCCCGUCGGUCGAGCCCCUUGACGACCUCUAAAUCUCUAGGAAACUUGUUACGGGUUAACUUUACUGCUCCUCCGUGCUCCUACGACACAUGUUCCGUCGUUUCUUCCAAUCGUACUCGAGGGAAGUAGACUGGUUUCCCAGCCUCACGGAUGUAUUCGGAGCAAAGUUAAAAUAGUGAUCAGGUUUUGUGCAAUUUAUUGUCCGGUUCCUGGAUGCCGGAAACGCGCCUGGCGGGGUGAGACCGCAAUAUGACGUCUGACAAUGCGGGAAUGCGGCGACGAGCUUCGCAGUCUUCAACCCAACCACAUCCACGAGAAGUACAGGAGGGUUUGAUGCGUACACAAAUAGACGAAAGAAGCGACAAUAUCCCUGUCUCCACGAAUAAUCCCCCUAAUGGCUCUCAAUCAAACCAUGGGGAGGAGGGCAACUCUCUUCCCCCGAUGUCGUACUCCACAUCUUGCAACGAGAGAACACCUCUCCGGUCGUUUUAUCACCGAUCCUUUCGAGGGUCUUUAGAUGCCGGUCAAUAUUCAUCUCAUGGCGUUCGAGAAAAAACGGCGGAAUUGGCGUCACUGGCGUUAUCUCACGGGGAGCGAAAUCGUACCAACUCCCCUUACCUAGAGCUACAAAUGAGCAUGCCAAAUAAUUUUGACAUGUUUGUUGAUGGUCAGCGUGAUAACAAUAGGUCGCCCAGGAACCUAUGUCAACCGGGGCGGAUCGAAGAAGUCUCUGAACCACAGUCUCCAACAGGGGCUUCUCACCCGUCUCCAAAAUAUAACACUUCCGCCCUUACUACGAUGAUCCGUGAUGCUCUACCGAGUAGAAGUGAUCAUGGUGUGAGUGAAGAGCUCAUCCCGGAAGAUUUCUCGCACUCGGCUCUCACGUUAUCGCGCGAUUCAACAGUGCCAGAUGCAGAACGAACUGCGCUUCUCCUUAAUGCAUCUCGAACUAAGAGUCGGGAUUACGGCACAGCCCCAGCUGAUGUUGAAGGCCAAAUCACGACACAUAAGCCUUUUGAUAGAUUCCGUGUCAUAUGCAGAAGGGGAGGUGCCUGGUGCCGUGGUCUGAACCCAAAAGCCUGGGACAGGGAAAUAAUAUGGCAGAAAGCAAUAGUUCACCCUACCACGUUUCUCCCGGCCGUAUUUCUAGGCCUUCUACUCAAUAUUCUGGAUGCCCUCUCUUACGGAAUGAUUCUUUUCCCUCUUGGUGAGCCGCUAUUCGCUCACCUCGCCCCGGAUGGCAUUUCUAUGUUCUACGUCAGUACGAUUGUUUCUCAGCUUGUAUACUCAUGUGGCGGUUCGAUUUUCAAAGGAGGCGUUGGCUCUGAAAUGAUUGAGGUGGUUCCCUUUUUUCAUAAAAUGGCGUUUAUCAUACUCAAUAGGGUUGGCAAGGAGAAUGAGAAAGCAGUGCUGGCGACGACCAUCCUAUCCUACGCCAUCAGCUCUGUGCUAACAGGAUCUAUCUUCUUCCUUAUGGGAGCAUUCAAACUCGGAUCAUUAAUUGGGUUCUUUCCCCGUCAUAUUUUAAUCGGAUGCAUCGGUGGAGUUGGGUGGUUUCUUGUCGCUACAGGGGUUGAGGUAUCUGCACGUCUAUCCGGCAGCCUCGAAUAUAACCUCGACACAUUAGGAAGGCUUUUCCAGCUUGAUACGAUUUUUCUUUGGACACUACCUCUUGUCGGCGCUAUUGGUUUGCUUGUGAUAAAGCGAUUCGUCAAGUCUAAUUUUCUUGUCGGUGGUUAUUUCGUAUCUAUCGGUGUUAUCUUUUAUUUUGCCAAGUUUAGUUUCAACAUCCCGUUAGAGACCUUGCGGGACCGUGGCUGGGUUUUCGACGCUCCAUCCUCGUCCGAACCGUGGUACCAUUUCUAUACCCUAUAUGACUUUUCUGUUGUCAAUUGGCCAGCGCUUGCUGAAACUAUUCCGGCUAUGUUGGCAUUGACAUUUUUCGGCGUUCUACAUGUACCCAUCAACGUCCCCGCUCUAGGUAUCUCGACUGGCGAAGACAACUUGAACGUUGAUAGAGAGCUUGUCGCACACGGUAUAUCUAACGCAGUGUCAGGCUUCUUUGGCAGCAUUCAGAAUUACCUCGUGUAUACAAAUAGUUUACUCUUUAUCGGCAGUGGCGGUAAUAGUCGUCUGGCGGGCGUGAUGUUGGCCGUCGCCACAUUUGGCAUCAUGCUUGUGGGGCCGGGAAUAAUUGGAUAUAUCCCGAUAGUGGUCGUCGGUGCACUUAUCUACAUGCUUGGAAUAGAACUAAUGGAAGAGGCACUGGUGGGGACUUGGGGAAAGCUACACACACUGGAAUACAUUACUGUGAUAAUAAUAGUUGUUACUAUGGGAGCAUGGGACUUUGUGAUUGGAAUAGUCAUCGGUAUAAUCCUCGCCUGUGUAAAUUUCGUCCUCCAAACGUCCCAGAAGUCCGCGAUAACAGCAACGUAUUCCGGCCAGGUAGCCAUAUCUACUGUGAGGCGGCAUCCUUUACAUGUCAGGUUCCUCAAGGACGCUGGUAAACAGACUUUUGUUAUUAAGCUUGCAGGCUUUCUAUUUUUCGGCACAAUUGUGAGCGUGGAGAACCGUGUCCGGGGCUUGAUCGAGGAGAAGACGUUCAGGGACCAACCUAUACGCUUUCUUAUUCUUGAUCUUAAACGUGUCAAUGGAUUGGAUUUUUCCGCCGCCGAGGCUUUCACGCGAUUAAACAGGAUCCUCUGGAAACGGAGGGUGCAUAUGAUUAUCUGUGGUAUUGACGUGGAAGGCGAGGUUGGGAAAAGCUUGCAGAAUGUCGGUCUCUUUGGAAAGGAGAACGAGGUGGAGAUAUUCGAAACCCUAAACUCUGCAUUGGAGUAUUGUGAAAAUGAACUGCUGAAGGUCCUAUAUCAACGCAACGUCAGUAUGACAGGGACUGACGACCGCACUCCUCCUCGAUUUUGGGAGGUAUCCCAGCCUCAACCUCAUAUACCCCCAGAUACACUAUUCAACUCUCCCCGAGGCCACUACCUCCACGAAGUAGCAACAACAACCCUCCGCGAAGAAGAAGCCAACCCCCUCUCCGGCCGCACCACCUCCCAAAACUGGUCCUCCUUCCAACAACCCCUCCCCCUCCUCCUCCAAACAUUCCACGGCCUAACCCAAAAAAACGAAGACUUCUGGUUCCCCGCCUGCACCUACUUCACACGCGAAGUCUUCCCUGCCGACUCGGUCCUCUACCGCGAAGGCGAGGCAGCAACAAACUUCUACCUCCUUGAAUCGGGCAUGCUGCGGGCUGAAUACGAGACGCCGCAGGGUAACUAUUUCGAGCUCAUCGUUGCUGGACGGCCGUGUGGCGAGUUACCGUUUUUCGGCGAGACGCGGCGCACGGCUACGGUCAGGGCGGAGAGGGAUUGUGCCGUGUGGCGCCUUGGUAGUGAGGGGUGGAGGGUGUUGAGACGGGAGGAGCCGAUGUUGGCGCUGGAGUUGAUGAAGGUGUGCUUUAAGCUAACGUCGGAGAGGAUGGAGAGUAUCACUGCAUACGUCCUCACGACUGCCUAGUCAGCCAGCGUCAUCCAGGUGUAUUUAUUUAUCGUUUGUAUUUUAUAUGCAUAGAGAGGGUAGGUUGCGUCGUGUACCACUCAUUGAUUUUCUUUUGCUUUCACGGACGUGCUACAUGGAAACCCUGCCGGGGCAUGUAACUUAAUGUAUGUACGGAGUACGGAUUAUGUAUUUACAAAUUACGAACUGUACACAUCUUUAGCAAGUGUAUUCUUACCAAUGGAAUGUGUUUAAAUGGAAGGGGGAAGGAAGGUGAGGGAAUAUCUCUAUACCCCCAAUGGUAAUAGUAUCUAUAAAUCAAAUCGGUUAAAGCCCUAUUAGAUAACCAAUGAGUAGUGGUAGGAAGACGGUGAAGCAGAACCAAACGAAAAUGAUGCCACUGAGUUCUUGAUGUUACGUUUAUACAGAGAGGCAGGCUUCAGCGAUCUUCACACGAAUACUUAGUAGUUGUAAUCUCUAGAAUCAUUUAGCAAUAAGCAAAUAAUAAAGGGAUCUUGAUUUUUCG